GAGAGAGAGGGAGACGACAGCUGUUAUACCUGCGGAAAUUCCCUUCAAGGGCACAGCAGUCACAACGAGCAUACAAGCUUGUGCAAACGGAAAUUUUAUUUGCUUAGGGACUGAAGCCAAAUUCGCAGUUGCCAUCUGAGUGGAUUAUUUGUCUGACAGAGAUGGCAGAGGCACAUCAAGCAGUGGGCUUCCAGUUCACCGUGAGCCCAGAUGGUGUGGACCUUAAGCUGAGUCAAGAGGUCAUCAAAAACAUUUACCUGUCAGGACUGACGUCAUGGAAAAAGAAAGCCAUAAAAUUCAAGAAUGGUGUGUUAGCUGGAGUCUAUCCUGCCAGUCCAUCCAGUUGGCUGAUUGUUGUCAUUGCCAUAAUGAGCACUUUGUAUACCCAGAUUGACCUUUCUCUGGGAAUGAUUGACAGCAUUAAGGAAAACUUACCACAAAGAGCUCACAUGUCGACGCAGGUCCGAGCAGUGCUGAGUGCCAUCCUAUUUGCCACCGGGCUGUGGCUGUUCCUCAUCUACCUGUUGAGAUACACUCUCAAAACUCUGCUGUCAUACCAUGGAUGGAUUUUUGAGCCCCAUGGAAAAAUGAGCUCAUCUACCAAAGUGUGGUUGAGUCUGGUGAAGAUGUUUUCUGGACGGAGACCUCUGCUCUAUAGUUUCCAGGCCUCCUUACCCAGGCUCCCUGUGCCAGCUGUGGAGGAAACCAUUUGUGGGUAUCUGGAGUCUGUUCAUCCUCUGCUUGAUGACAAAAAGUACAAGCAAAUGGAAAUUUUAGCCAAUGAAUUUAAAGACUCUAGUGCUGCUCAGCUCCAGAGAUACCUGAUCCUGAAAUCCUGGUGGGCAACAAAUUAUGUAAGUGAUUGGUGGGAGGAGUACAUCUACCUCAGGAGCAGGAGUCCAAUUAUGGUCAACAGCAACUUCUACAUAAUGGACCUGUUGUAUGUGACCCCGACUCACCGACAGGCUGCACGAGCUGGCAAUGUGGUCCACGCCAUGCUUCAGUACAGACGCAAACUGGAGCGAGGGGAACAUGCACCGUUACGGGCUUUGGGGACUGUUCCGAUGUGUUCCACUCAGAUGGAGAGAAUGUUUAACACCACCCGUAUCCCUGGGGUGGAAACAGAUCUUGUUCAGCACCUGACUGACUGUAAGCACUUGGUCGUCUACCAUAAGGGUCGCUUCUUCCAAGUGUGGCUGUACACCGGGGGGCGCCACCUUUUGCCCAGUGAACUUGAAAUGCAGUUUGAAAGGAUCCUAAAUGACACAACAGAACCCCAGCCAGGAGAACUCAAAUUAGCUGCCCUGACAGCAGGAGACAGAGUUCUAUGGGCUCGGGCUCGGAUGACAUAUUUCAGUCAGGGAGUGAACAAAGCUUCCCUGGAUGCAGUGGAGUCAGCUGCCUUCUUCCUGGUCUUAGAUGAUGAGGUGCAGGGUUAUGAACCUGGAAGGACCCGUUCACUUGACAGCUACGCUAAGUCCUUGCUACAUGGGAAAUGUCACGACAGGUGGUUUGACAAGUCCUUCACCUUGAUCUCUUAUCCAAAUGGGAAAAUGGGUGUUAAUGUUGAACACUCUUGGGCUGAUGCACCAAUUCUAGGCCAUAUGUGGGAGUUUGUCCUUGCAACAGAUUGCUUCCACCUUGGCUACACAGAGGAAGGACACAGUAAAGGAGACGUGAACAAAGGCCUGCCUUGUCCCACUCGCCUACAGUGGCAAAUUCCAAAAGAGUGUCAAGCAGUCAUUGAGAUGUCAUACUUAUCAGCCAAGCAGAUUGCAGAUGAUGUGGACUUCCACGGCUACCUGUUCACCGAGUUUGGGAAAGGCCUGAUCAAGAAGUGCAGAACCAGCCCCGACGCCUUCAUUCAGAUGGCCCUUCAGCUGGCUCAGUUCAGGGACCAGGGAGAGUUCUGCCUGACCUAUGAGUCUGCAAUGACUCGAAUGUUCAGAGCCGGUCGGACGGAGACAGUACGAUCAUGCACUUCUGAAGCUGUUGGAUUUGUCAGAGCCAUGGAGGAUAAACAUGCAACAAAUGCCCAGAGACUCGCCCUGUUUCAGAAAGCAGCGGAGAAGCAUCAACACAUGUACCGUCUGGCCAUGACCGGUUCUGGUAUCGACCGUCACCUUUUCUGUCUCUACAUCAUGUCCAAGUACCUGGAUGUUGAGUCACCAUUUCUGAAGCAGGUCCUCUCAGAGCCAUGGAAGUUGUCCACCAGCCAGACCCCUCAACAGCAACUCAACUUAGUUGACAUCAACAAAUUCCCUAAAUAUGUGGGUGCCGGUGGUGGGUUUGGCCCAGUGGCUGAUGAUGGUUAUGGUGUGUCUUACAUCAUUGUGGGAGAGAACCUCAUCACAUUCCACAUCUCCAGCAAGUUCUCCAGCCCAGACACAGACUCGUACCGCUUUGGUCAGAACAUUCAGAAGGCCAUGGUUGAUAUCCAGAGUCUUUUCAAACUUAAAAAUCACACAUUAGAGCAAGCUAAGCCUCUGGAAAAUGGUAAAAAGCAGAUGUAGACACUGUUUUGUCACACUUCAUAAAAAUGUCCACAGUAUGAAAUUCCUGCAGAACUUUAUCGGCUGGUCAUUCAUUCCACCCUGUUCUCUAAUUUAUUUUUUAUUUUUUUAUACUGUACUUUCAUGAGCUCCUCUCCUUUAAUGAUAUGGGAAAGAUGUAAAUAGAAAAAUAGGAUUUUUUUUAUUAUUAUUUGUUUGUUUUUAAGACAUUUGUGGUUUUGUCCUCAACACUUUUGUCAGUGUAAAGGCUUUACAAUAACUGGAAUUGACAAAUUUGGAGUGUUCUUAGCUGUCUUCCAGUGUAACACAAUAAAGGGAAAACUGAACUCAUAA